GGAGCGGCGGCGGGCGGGGCCGCCCCGAAGGGCAUCGCGGCGGCCGUGGCGGCGGCGCUGCGCACGGGGGCUGGGCUCGCCCGGGGUGAACAGCACCAGGAUGUCGUGGACGAGGUGAUGGGGCGGAUCGGCAUGGUGGUGCCCUCGCUCGCGGAGUGGUGGUGGCAGCGGGCCUUCCGCAACGCUGGGCUGCACGUGGGCCUCGGCUGCGGGGCGGAGAACCUUCCGAAGCCGGCGCGGGAGGCCAAGCAGCGGGGCCGUGGCGGCCGCCGCUGCCCCUUGGCGAAGCAGGGCGUGGAGGAGCGGAGCUUGUCGAGUUCGGAGUCGACUGGC